AUAUUGAAUAUUUAAGGAAAGAGGAAGGAAAAAAAUACGAUUAAAAAACAAUUCAGUAUGGAUAACUGCAUACUUUUCAAUACUUUUGACAAAGCUUAGUGUGCACAUGGUGUUGUCGCUAUUGUGGAUGUGUUAUUGUAGACGGGCGUGUUCGAGAUGUUGACACGGCAACAGCCCGUGGCAAGAAUUCAACAGAGGGUGUGGCCCGGACUCGUUAACAAGGUGAGGCUCUCGCUCACUCGUGCAGACGACUCAGCAAGUCGACGACAGUUGUCACUCGUCUUGUGUCAUCUCCCUCUCUCACCGCGAAAGAAGAUGGAUCUGUCCCAAGCUCUGGAUGGGGAUUGGCCUUCCCCCGGGAACAGCAACCAACCGGGAGCAUGGCCGCAACAGCCAAACCAGCCGAAUCCCUCUCCGUGGCCAGGUGCGCCCAACCAGCCCAGCCACCCCCCGUGGCCCAGUGCGCCCUCCCAGCCCAACCACCCGCCGUGGCCCGGUGCGCCCACCCAGCCCAAUCAGCCCAACCAGCCUCCGUGGCCCGGUGCGCCCACCCAGCCCAAUCAGCCCAACCAGCCCCCGUGGCCCGGUGCACCCGCCCAGGGUGGAAGCUGGUUUCCGGGACAGCCCUCCAACCCUGCCCCUGCCCCUGCUCCGGCUCCGGCCCCCUCCCCGGGGUCCGGCGGCUGGUUCACUCCAUCAACGGGAGGCAGCACUUCUCUGUCGGUCCCUUACAACCAAAAGUUUCCUGGCGGAUUGAGAGCUGGGAGUGUCAUUAACAUCAAUGGAACCAUCAAACCCAACGCCAACAAGGUGACGGUGGACAUCUCCACCGCUCAGGAUCUGGCCUUCCACUUCAACCCUCGCUUUAACGAGGGCGGCAAGAAGGUGAUCGUGAGGAACAGUAAAAUCGGUGGCCGCUGGGGCGGCGAGGAGAGGCAACUGCUGCGCUUCCCCUUCGUGGCGGGACAGCCCUUCCAGAUGCGGAUCGAGUGCACGUCGCAGAUGUUCAAGGUGUUGGUUGACGGCUCUCACAUCUUGGAUUUCAAGCAUCGCACGGGAAACCUCAGCCACAUCCAAAAAUUGGACAUCUACAAUGACGUCACGCUCUCGCACGUCAGCGUUCAGUGACUUCUGAACUAUCAGGGAGGUGGAAUAAUAAAGUUGACCUUUGAUGAC